AUGGCGCCGACUAUGCGAGCCCACACCCAGACCCGGCGCGGUAACCGAGCUGGCUAUCAGGAGCAUGACGACUUUGAAGGUCUUCCUGUUCGACAAUGGAGGCAGGAAUGGGUAAACAUUGCGCCGCCCCCUCCCGUCGAGACCACGCAGAAGAACGACAUCUGGGCCAUUGAAUUACCCCACGGCAUGCCCAAGGACUCGCAUCUUCUCCCGACGCACACACAAGAGCUGCUGCGAGCAGCGCGAUCUGGACGGUUGUACAAGCGCCCAGCUCCGGCGGAAGAAGAAGAGGCCGAUGGGGACGCUGCGCCAGAGAAGUCGGAUAAAAAGGAGGAAGACCUCAGCACUAAGGGUUACAUGGUCAAGGUCUGGAAGCAGGUGCCGCGCAACGCCGAAGGUCCUACCAUUUCCCAUCUGGCUAAGAGGAGAAAGGGCACGGUGACUCUAUCAGCUGCGCUGCCUGUCGGGAAUCCCUCUGGUCCGACCGUUACAAAGGCCACCGUUCGUCGCAUCGAUGCUGCCGGCAACCCUUACAACCAGGAAGUCAUUCUCGCGGCCGGUCAGGCUGUCGAUGGUGAGAUCAUUUCCACGACAGUGGUGCAGGCUCCGACUGCCAGCGCAAAUACCGAAAGUGCGGGCGCAACACCUGUCCGGAGACGACCUCCUCCGCCUAAGAGGAAAGCCAAAGGGCCCGGCAGAGGUCGUAAGAAGAAGCUGCCGCUACCAGGUCCAUCUAUCCCUCAGGUUGGCGCUCCUGGAGUUGUUGCGGCGGAUGGCGGUGUCAAACCUGAAGGUGUGGCCAAUGACGUCAAACAAGAGGGUGGUGACGACAACAAACCUCAGGAUACUGAAAUGGCAGAAGGUGACGACGAUGAAGACGGAGAUGACGAUGGAGAUGACGGUGACGAGGGUGACGAAGGCGACGACGACGAUGGCGAAGGCCUCGAAAGCGAAAAGGGAACGCCAGCAAGAAAGGAAGGCAGCACUGAUCACGAACUAAAGCACUCGCCUUCAGUCGAUCCGCCGGUCAUCAGUGCUCCUCUAGUGAAUCCUGAUGCAAUGGACAUUUCGACAGACGAGCCGGUUGGUGCGCCACCACAAGCGCCGGCCAUUGCUGCAGUUGCUCCAAUUCAACCGCCUAGCCUCAUAUCGCCAAUCUACGAGGGUAGCCCAUUGAAAAACGUCCUGGUACCAUCGCCAACAGAAUCAGUACCUCUCAAUCUGGCCCCAGUAUCAGCAGCUCCGGUGGUUGAGGCUGCCACGGCAACAUGGCCGCCACCCCCAACGCCCGCCGUUGCAGCACCGGUGCCCGAGAUCUCGGAAUUGCAGACCUCCUCGUCAUUGGAUCCACUUCCGGCUCCAGUGGAAUCUGUAGAACCUAUCAUUGCGCAGGUUGUCGAAUCUACCAGCCAAGAGACCCCGGCUCCUGAACCACAAGAUCACUUGGACACGGAGAUGACCGAUAUUAGUCAAUCUCAACCAGAGGUCAUCGCAGAUACCAAGGUUGUAACAGAAACUCAUACGAGUGACGGCCAAGUUGUUGUUGAGGAAGUUGUCGACACAACGAAUAUCUCCCCGAAUGAGGAAAUCCCUCCAGAGGUCCCCAUUGCGGCUGAAGAGGCUACUAGCACUUCUGAGGCCGUACCGGCACAAAGCGAGCCAGAAACUGUGGAGGCUGCACCGCCUUUCAUUACAACACCUGUAAUAAGAGAGGCAUCCAGUGUCGAGAAGGAAUCUACGCCGCUGGUAGCUGCUCCGGAACCAUCAGACUCGAUCAUGGGAGACGCACCGCCAGUCAUUGUCCAAGAAUCGGACCAAGUAGAGCAACCUGAACAGUCUGAACAAGCUGAACAAGUUGAUGAGGCCAUGGACGUUGUCCAGCCUGAGCAACCUGAGCAGCCACAGCAAUCUCGGCCGUCUGAACAAGCCGAACAGCCCGGACAGACUGAGCAAACUGAACUACCUGAGCAAUCUGAGCAAACUGAACUACCUGAGCAAUCUGAGCAAACUGAACUACCUGAGCAAUCUGAGCAACCUGAGCGACCUGAGCAACCUGAGCAGCUUGAACAACCUGAGGAACUGGAACAGCCCCAGAAAGUCACACCACCAGCGGAAACAUUGCCCACAUCGGUUGCGCAAAUCACAGAAGUAACCGAUAUUGCCAGUGCUCCUUCCAUCGAAAUCCCAAUAGCUCCAACUGAGGAGAUAGUGGCGACGACUUUGCCAGCCUUAAAUCCUUUACAGACGGAAGCCACGGACAAGGCGCCUUUGGACCAGGAACGCGAACCAGAGAGCCCAGAUUUGCUUGGUGGCCUCGAAGCUGUGCUUGACAGACAUGGCGAGACGGGAAAUGAGCAGCAAGAGAAUACGUCGCAGGUCAGCGCUCCCGUUGUGGAUGCGCCUCCGGAACAGCCAACGGCCGAGAUUGUAGAGUCCAUGGCCUCUGCGCCCGUUGCUGCCGAGCCUGUCGCCAGCGAAGCUAUCAUUACAGAACCCAUUGCUAUAGAGCCUGCGGCCCCGGAGCCAAAGCUAGAAGACAAGGUGGACGAACCCCCCCAGGAAUCUCUGACGGUGGCUGAAGAAAAUAUCGAGGAGAAGAUUGAAGCUGAAGGACAAGCAGCGACCGAGGAGGUCGAGGUACUGUCCGAGACCAGGCCUGAGGAGCUGCCCGAGGCCAACCUUCAGGCCGAGGACAAACCUGAGGAGAACGUUGAGAAGAAGCCUGAGGGAGAGCUUGACGAGACGGCUGCCUAG